UGUGAUUGGCUGCCCGGAAGUGUCCUCGUCCCCACUGGUGGGGACAGAUGUCCAUCAGAUGGGCUUGCGUGUGGAUCUGAUGCAUCCGCUGUGCUGCGGCUGUCAGCAAAACUGCAGCCCUCAUAAACCACAUCAGGUGAAGAACCGGAACGUACCGGAGUUUGGCUGCCGGUCAGAAAUGAAGGGGGUGAAUAAUGGGGACCAACAGCCAGAGGAGCAACUUUAAACCCGAGGUCGACCUCAACGCUCCCGCUCGGAGUGACGAUGACAGAGCGAUGCCCAACGUUUCUGUCAAAGGCCUCAAGGAAAACUGGCAGAAGUGGUCCAGUGAGCACCAGGAGAGCCAGAAGCUCAACCCCUUCAGUCAUGACACCAGGCAGACUGUGGUGGCCCUUCAGAGGGGACAGGAUGAUUACGGGAGACCCCAGCAGGGGUCCCUGACUGAGAAACGUGGGAAGGAGGCUCACACACACAUCGGCAGGGAGGUCCAGAAGCUGUGCGAGGUGAUAAGGGACAUCGGGGAGCACGACGGGGACGGACGAGACAGCCACAGGAAAGGGAUCACGGUUGAAUUCGGGAAGCUUUUUGAGCAUUACGUGGCCAUCUCCAAUACGCUGGUGGGAAUUCUUUUACGGGCCAGAAAACAGGGGCUGGUGGACUUCGAGGGGGAGAUGCUGUGGCAAGGAAAGGACAAUCAUGUAAUUAUCACUUUGUUGGAAUAAGCACUUAUUGGGAUUUGUGUUGAUGCCUUGAUUCAUGUUGAGAAAGAGUGACUUCAAAAAAAUAAAAUAAAAUACAAUUCUCUACAAAUCCUCCUGAUUUGUAUUAAAAAGUAGUUUUAGAUCAGCUCAAAGUGAAGACACAAGCAGGUAGAAUUAUCAUCAACAUUUCCGACAUAAUUUCAAGAGAACAAGACAGUAUUUCUGUUCACAACCUCGGUGAAGGUCAGAUGCUUCCAAAAAUUAAGACUUCCCCAAACAUGAUUAAAACACUUUUAUUAAAGGUCACCAGCUGUAGUGAAGAUUGAUAGUUCGUGCAUUUAUGAGGAAAAGAAAAUUGUGCAGCAAUAAUUUCACGCAUUUCUUUCUUGAAUAAAUUCAUAGUUUGUUCAGGAAAAAAUUUUGCCCAACCUUCCAAUACUUUUUUUUUUCAUAAAGGAUUACAAGUCUCAACAGCAGUUUGAUCUAGUUGGGUCUGGACUUUGACUAGGCCAUUGAAACAUCUUGAUGUGUUUUGUUUCUCUUCCAUCCAUCCGGUUGUAGAUUUACUGCACAGUCCUGAAAAAUACUCAGUUUGAGCCCAACUUCAUCUGUUCUCAUCUAAUCUUACAAUUGACUCUAUAUUGUUACAAUGUAGAUGUGAAUUCAUGGCCAAUUCAGUGUAAGGGUGCACUGGCCUCCAGAAACAGCCCAACUCAUCACCCGUCUGCCACAAAGCUCGACACUUAGUAUGAGAUUUCCUCUCUAAAAGAACUGAGGAUGCGCUCCCUGUCCCCACUGCUGUAUUUUACUGUACUACAUCUGGCGAUUAAAACAACUUUGAUGUUAAAUAAUCCACUCUUCAAGAUGUUGCUUGCAGCUGUAAGCCCAUAAAUGUAUGAAAAGAACCAUACAAACCCGGCCGCAUUGAAGUCCACGGCUUUAUGGUGCACUGAAAGUGCAUGAGCGAGUAUCUAAAGUCAGAGGGGUAGAUGGGCCUGAACCAAGGUGAACACAAAGCCUGCCGCUGACAGACAGCCUGGUGCUAUAGGAUGAACCUGAUCCGACUUGGACCAGAGCCUCGCAAUAUGUGUUUAUUACAGAGGUGCUUUGUAGUUGCACUGUCAUGAUGAUUAGUUUUGUUUUGGGGGUUUUUGUACCUUUACCACAGUAAGAUGUACAGUGUAAUAAAAGCACUAC